AUGAGCCUCCCUAACGACGAUAACGAAACCCUGCACGCCCUGACGCCAGGCACGAACACACCCGCCGCAUCAACGGCGUCAAACGCCGACGUUCUCCUUCCAUCAACACCACCUUCAUCUGCCGACGUCCCAAUCGACCCCCAGCUUCUCCAUGCCGACUUCUUUCCUGCUCGAAAACCCGAUGGCAGUCUGGUCUCGGAAGAAGCGUACAAAGCCCACCUCUUCACCAUCAGAAAGAGAGAGCCCCUGCGGGCGGCAUGCUCUCAUUUCAAGAUUCGUUUUGCAACGCGAGCCAACCUAGAGUUUUUGUGGAACGCCCUUGUCCGCCACUGGUAUCCAGCACGAGCAACUACAAACCCCUCGCCUGAUCACGCUGUGGCUGGUCCAUCGAAAACACUUUCCAUCGUCAUCCCCCCACGCCCAGCUCACUCUGUAGGCCAAUCAAGUGGCCAAACUGAUCAAGAAAUCCUUGAAGCCGAUUUCGAUGUCGACGACGAAGCAUUGACAAAGCAGUAUGACGUGGGGGAGGGGGUUGUGGAAGCCGUAUUUGGGGCCCUUGACACCGGUGGCCUCGAAGAGGAGGAUGAGGACGAGGAGUCGGAGGACAUUGACCUGGACGAUGACGCAACCUAUAAACAGUUUCAGACCAGUGUGCGUGUGUCAGCGGCUCAAAGAACGGAAGCCAACAGGAGGGCAGGUGGCAGAAAGACGCAGAAAUGCGUCGUGAAGUCAUGGAAUAUUUUCCAGAAGGAAGCUCUUGCGGCAGGCAAGCUCCGCGAUGACAUAGUCGACGAGCACGCUCUGCUGCUUUUCGUUGACUUCUGUGCUAGACGUUGCAAGCGAGACCGUCGAGGAGAGUACAUACCCAACACUCGCAUCGGCGCUUCACAAAUAAAAAAAGAGUUCUUUGGUGCCUUGCGUAUCCGAAAGGUUCAAGAUGCUCGCGAUCCAACCCUGGCUAUCAAGCGGCCUGCCACGACCGUCCAUGUUUACGAUGCGGUCAAGACUCGCAUGGACGAGGCCCUACAAAAUGCACGCGAGGGGCUCAUUCCUGCUGAGGAUGCCCCUGACAUCAUUGCCAACACGUUUCUCGCCCAGCUGUCAGACGAGACCCUCACACGCAUUCGAUACGGUUUCCUGGAGCACCGAGAGCUGAAGCCAACUAUCAACGGACACCUGGCAUGGACAAUGAUGAAUGCAAGCGGUAACCGCGGAGACGACAUCCGGGCAUUGCGGUUAUGUGAAAUGCAGCCGUAUCAGUUUCUACAUCCUAACGGCGAAACGAGCAUCCCUGCCGUUCUAGGUUUGCAAUCUGACAUGGAACAGAAAGCUCGGUCCAAAGGGAUGAAGACGACGAUAAAUCCUACCUAUACAUGUUUUAUUGCACACAGAAACCCUGAAAUGUGCUCGUUGGGAGCCUUCGCUUUGUAUCUACAUUACAUCCACGACGUAGCCGAUGUAGACACUAAAUAUGAUAUUGACUAUACUGUGAACAAAUCGUGGCAUGCUAUCAGACUGAUUCAUGGGUCAUCGGCUACCGUUCCCUACAACGAGACAGCACUCCAAAACCUUUUUGUCCAGUCUUAUAGAAAGGCUGGUGUUGAGUCUAAUCUCAAAGCUCAUCUUGCUCGCCACAUGCUAGGAUACCACCAAGAAAAAAUGGGUGUGCGAUCUGAGGAGACAUCCAAACUCGGAUGGUCGCGUGAUACCUACCAGAACACCUAUGCGCCAGCGCUCCCAAAAUCGGCGAUAUUGGGCGCUCACGGUUACAAACUACAUGAGACUUACAAUCCAUCAUGGAUUCAGGUGGAGGUACCCAAGCCUUUCUUGGAGCUAGUUUGCCCUGCAGCAGAGAGAAAUAUUGAGUCGGUUAAAGGUCUGGUGUCAUCAAUGAUUAGAUUACAGCGCACUUAG